CCACACGAGUUGAAGACAAGGAGUUAAAAGAAGUACUCUGGCGAGUGCCAGAUGUACAGAAAUUGCUCUUGGUCGACUAAUAAGGGUCGACCGUACAAAAGAUUGCAGUUGGAACCCCCACCAACUGAAGAAAAAAAAAUGUAAAAUGAAAGUGAAAGAGGGGUUCAAACGGUGAAAUGAAGUGAGAGAGCACCACGGUACAAUGAGUCCUCGAUUGUGAAUGGUGUGAGUCCCUUUACCCAUGAACUGGUUGUCUUACUUCCACUUCUUCUCAUGAUCCUGGCUUGAGUCUAGUACUUGCAUUGAGAGAGAUAGGGGACGUCUUAGAUGACCAGUUGACCUCGUAAGCUGCUAUAUGAUCUAGGAAAUCCUCUAGCGACGAUUGGGAUUGUUUGUUGCUAUAGAGGUCUUGAGAGCUGCACUCUUUUGAGUUAGGUUUGCUUGGGGACAAGCAAACAGUUAAGUGUGGGGGAAUUUGAGCCGUUUGAGAGUCGAUUCUCGUGUUUUAAGCAGAUUUCAUGCUAGGUUGUGUGUUUAUGUCAUAUUUCAGGACUUGGCAUUGACGUGAAGGCGAGGAAACGAGUUUCGGGUAAAAAAGGAGGACAUGGAAGUGAACGGCACUGGAAGAGCAAAAUACCCGGCCAUGAGUCAAAUUACCCGGCCGGGGAUUCGUGCUUUUGGACGCCAAGAAGGCAGAAGGGGUCCCGGCCAUAGAGCAAAAAUAUCCGACCAGUUUUCUGGACCUCGAUUGGGUAUUAAGCCCUUCACCACUACGCUGCGUUUCAAUAUCCCUGGCCGGGCACCUGAAAUACCCGACCGAGGAUUACGACUGAGGAUCGCGGCCUGCUGGUUCUUAAGGGAAAGAAGGCUGAUUUUUGAAGGGUUUCGAGUUUUAGGGAGACAAAGCGUAUACCUAGAGAGAGAAAGUGACGAACCUGAUUCUUCAAGUGCCUUAGAUCGAUCUUCAUCACCAUUGGAGCCCGGCUUAAGCUUGGAGAAGUGCUGAUUGAUUGCCAAAAGCAGAAUCCCAUCCUUCACAGUAUGGUUACCGCGUCUGAGCUAGAUUUCCCGUCUCUCUCUAUGGAGUAACUUUCUCAUUCACCUGGGUAUGAAGAACCCUAGAUUUGUAUGUUAGGUCUGAUUGUAUGAACCCAAGUAUGAAUUCAGUGAUAUGAUUAUGUUCAAUUGAGGUUUGAUUUCUUGAAUGGCAUGAAUCCUGAUCAAAUGCCUGUUAUUUUUGCUUUGACCUAGACAGAGAAUAUCUGCCUAAGUUGAUAGAGCACCCUCGAUUGAAGGUAGUGAAUUAACGACUUUAGUCGUGAAAUAUCCCAUCUCUUUUAAUUGGAAAAGACAUAUCUACCCCGGGUAUAAUUAAAAAUCUCAAAUAACACAAGUUUAAAUAAAAUACCAAACUCAAAUAUCUUAACAUCUCAAAUCGAAGCUGAUAGCGAUGUAUUUGCACAUGUUUGCACCCUUAGUUCGUAUCCGUUUGCGGUGAGUAGUCGUGUAUUUUUGGCCCGUUUUACGCCGGGUUGUGCUACUUUGUCAUAUUUUAGGUCCCAGACGUCGAAGGAAAGCACGAGUUUCGAGGCAUUUAGAAGUCAUUCGGUCGAGCUGGGGCCAAAGCACGGGCUGGCCUAAACCAAAACACGACCGUGUACACAAACAGGCACGCCAGUGUUUUUAUUUCCGAGAGCUGAACUGAUGGAAAAGCAAAACACAGGCUUGCCUAAACCAAAACACGGCCGUGUACACAAACAGGCACGCCAGUGUUUUUAUUGCCGAGAGCUGAACUGAUGGAAAAGCAAAACACGGGCUGGCCUAAAGCAAAACACGGCCGUGUCCAUAUUUAGGCACGACCGUGAUUUGGCCGACGCGGGCGUGUUUUUAACACGGGGCAAAACAUGGGCGGGCAAAAGCAAAGCACGGCCGUGUUUUGCCCAAGGUUGGCCUUUUAGGCAGAUUUGAGCCAAAGGAGAAGGGGUUCCGAGUUUUAGAGAGACAGAGCGAUUCCUAGAGAGAGAAAGUGACGAACCAGAGUUCCCAAGUGCCCUAGCUUGAUCUUCAUCACCAUUGGAGCCCGGCUUGAGCUUGGAGAAGAUCCGAUUGAGCGCCAGAAGCAGAUUAUCAUCCUUCACAGUAUGGUUUCCGCAUCUGAGCUAGAUUUCCCAUCUCUCUCUAUGGAGUAGUUUUCUUAUUCAUCUGGGUAUGGAGAACCCUAGAUUUGUAUGUUAGGUCUGAUUGUAUGAACCCAAGUAUAGAUUCUAUGAUUUGAUUAUGUUCAAUUGAGGUUUGAAUGAUUGAAUGGCAUGGAUCCUGAUCAAAUUCCUGUUGUUUCUGCUUUAACCUAGAAAGAGAAUAUCUGCCUAGGUUGAUAGAGCACCCUUAAUUGAAGGUAGUGAAUUGGCGACUUUAGUCGAGGAGCCAAUUCACUAUUCAGUAUCGAAUUUGCUUCGGUAGUGGAGGUUUGGUUCGUUAGGGCCUCAAUCUGUUUACUCCGGUGGAGGUUAUUCGCCCGCUGGGGACUCAGAUUGAGAGGGUCGGGAGACCUUUAGUCGAGACUUCAGAUUUCUUAAGAACCUCCCGCAGUAUAACUAUCAUUAAAACUGAACUUGGUAAAUUACAAUCCGGCUCAACUGCAGUCUAGGGGGAACCAUAUCCGGGUGACCUCUCUCGACUUGAAAACAACCGUUUACUUGCUUUGCUUGUUUUGCUUGUUGGAACCUACACUAAAGUUUCACCGCUAAAUAAUAAGAAUUUGCUGAGUAGUCAUCACAUCUAGGACCCGGGUUGACAUUAAAACCCAAACCCGCUAUACUACGCUUUAGGAAGCGGUUACACUUGACCAUUUUCUAGAGUGGCAGUAGGAGUGAGUAAGAAGCCCUAAACACGUGGGCAAAACUCAAUUGUCCAGAAGAAAUGAAUCUCCAAUCUUUAACUCUUAACCAUAAAGUCUUAAUAACUUG